AUGCGGAUAAAGGCUGACAUCUACCAGUGUCCUGCGCUCCGCUGUCCUCUGGGGGCCCCGCAGUUUCUGGGGAGAACCCUGAGACUAUCAAAGAGCUCCUCGCAGCUCUCCUCGCAGCUCUCCUCGCAGCUCUCCUGUCCCUCGGAGAUCACGGUGGACCCGGAGGGGAGCUACCACGGCAGCACCACGGAGGAGGAGGGCAGCUAUAGCAGCAGCCUGGCCCCUCUGCGCCCGGUGCACGCACACGCACACCCGCUGAAGAGCUUCGCAGUCCCCGCCAUCCCCCCGGGAGCCCACCCCUCCUACGAGAACCCCGCCCUGCCCUGCACGCCCCUGCUCACACAGAGCGGCAUGAUGUGGGCCACUCACUCCACGCUCCUGCUGCUGCUGCUGUGCUGCCGUGAGCUGACCGAGGCCAAGGACAAAUCUGGCAAAAAGGGCAAGGGCAAGAAGGUGGUGUGCCCUGCUCAGCUGACCCCAGAAGACAUGGCCCAUGUUCCAGCCAACUCCACCUCCAACAUCCUGAACCGGCUCAUGGUGACGUACGACCCCAGGAUCCGGCCCAAUUUUCAGGGAAUUCCUGUCGAAUCCAAAGUCAAUAUCUUCAUCAACAGUUUUGGUUCAAUCCAGGAGACUACCAUGGACUACCGUAUCAACAUCUUCCUGCGUCAGCGUUGGAACGACCCACGCCUCCGCCUACCCACGGAUUUCAAGAGCGACUCGCUGACUGUGGACCCCAAGAUGUUCCAGUGUUUGUGGAAACCAGACCUGUUCUUCGCCAACGAGAAGAACGCCAACUUCCAUGACGUCACCCAGGACAACAUCCUGCUCUUCAUCUUCCGGAACGGAGACGUACUCAUCAGUAUGAGACUGUCCGUGACGCUGUCCUGCCCGCUGGACCUGACCCUGUUCCCCAUGGACACACAGUUCUGCAAGAUGCAACUGGAGAGCUUUGGAUACACCACCCGAGAGCUGGUGUUCAUGUGGCAGUCAGACCCAGUGCAGAUGGAUGAGAUCUCCCUGCCCCAGUUUGACAUCAAGCAAGAGGACAUAAGAUAUGGCAACUGCACCAAGUACUACCAGGGGACAGCCUACUACACACUAAAGUACACGGGUGAACAACGGGUGCGUCUUAACCGCUAUGUGAGGCAUCCUCCCUCUCACAACACCACUGCUGUCUGGGAUUACCCCACAGGAGCCUCCGAGUUACAGGUGCAGGCUUCACAGGUGACUCCUGUCCCAUUAAUCCACAACUACUGCUCCAACCACCGCUGCUUCUCCCCUUCACAAAACUAA